AUGAAAAAACCCGACAUUUUUCAAAGCUCUGUGAAAUCCUUAAGUGAUUUUGAAUAUAAUAAAUGUUAUAAUACUGAGGGUUCAUGGCAUUCAACGUAUAGGAACUCUGCAUAUAUCUAUAUUGGAGGAUUGAAUUAUGGGCUAACAGAAGGGGAUAUUGUUAUUGUCUUUUCUCAAUGGGGUGAACCAAUAGAUGUCAAUUUAAUUAGAGAUCCUAAAACUGGGAAAUCUAAAGGGUUUUGUUUUUUAGCAUAUGAAGACCAACAGAGCACAAUUUUAGCAGUUGAUAAUGCCAACGAUAUGAUACUACUAGGUAAUAAAUUAAAAGUAGAUCACGUUUCAAAUUACAAGGUUAAGAGUGAUUCUUAUACACCUUCUGGUGCAGAAGGAGGUGGAAUAGGAAUUUAUGGAAUUACUAAAGAUGUGAGACUAUUGUUUGAAAAGGAAUUAAAUAAACUAAAUAACCGUAAUGGAUCAAUUAUAUAUAAUCAUCAAAGUAAAGAUAACUACUUGACAUCUCUUCUUAGUAAUAAAAAUAGUAUAGAAAGAUCUAGAUAUUAUAGAAGUAUAAAUCAUAAAACAAGAUCACUAAGUAGAUCAAGAAGUACAUCUCCAUGUUAUUAA